AGGACAUGCUCCGCAUCGGCCAGCACGACUUCUCGCAGCAGCGGCUGCGGACGGUAAUGACGACGCCCCCGUUGCUCUUCAACCACAUGACCCAGUUUACUUGGGUUAUGUCAGCCAGUACUGGCGCGUUCGAUAUGGUGCUGGCCGACCAGAGUUGGCGUAGGAGCACGAGCAGGCCCGCCUUUGCGCGCGAGAGGAAGACGCGCGUGGCGAGCGGCAGGAUGGAGUGGGACGUGCCCAAGAACUACAUCGAGGCCCUCGACGAGGACCCGGAGGCCGUGAGGGGAUCCAGGGAAACAUCUUUAUAUGACGUUCACGGCAGCGCCCGUCUAGCUGGCAGUAAUCGACGGCUUGAGUCCGUGUCCUUGUGUGUUAUGCGCCCGUUCUUGCAUAUCGCCAGAUUCUUUACAGACCGUGUGCGCAGCCAUCACCUACUCUGUAGAAGCCGCAAGUCUGAUGCGGAGGCAGCGAGUCAGUGUGACGCAGCUUUCUCUGCUCCCGUCGCCCACACGUGCCGUGAUUCCUUUGCCAACUAGUGUUCGCGUGGUAUCGCGAGCCACCGUGCAUGCGGCAACACGUGUCCAGCAUUCACCAUCAAUCAUUUCAUGAUGCUCGCACGGCAGGGAGCACUGACAUGGAGCACCGCUUGUUUGGCGACGUGAACCGUUUGCGUCCAUGUUCUAAGUAUCGUUGGUGUGCGAGUCUUGCGCCCGUCUAUCGCUCGUUCCUCUGUAUUCUUGUUGCACGCGGUGAUGUGCCCCCAUGUUGCCAGGCGACGUGUAACCCGGCGCGUCAAUGUGAUGCUUCUUUCUGUCCUCCCGUCGCCCACACGUGCCGUGAUUUUUUUGCCAAUUAGUGUUCGCAUGGUAUCGCGAGCCACCGUGAAUGCGGCAACAUGUGUCCAGCACUCACCAUCAAUCAUUUCAUGAUGCCCGCACGGCAUGGUGCAUUGGCAGGACACACCGUUUGGUUGGCGACAUGUUUCGUAUUCUAAGUAUCGUUUGUACGCGGGUACUGCGCCCGUCAAUCGCUCGUUCCUCCGUAUCCUUGUCGCACGCGGUGAUGUGCCUCCCUUUUGCCAGACGAUGUCUAACCCAGCUGGCUUCUGAGCUCCUCGGGGCCAGCCAUGCGGGGCCCGAGCUAUAUUGUCUCUGCGCUUUCCGCAGUUUGCAUGGGACCUAGAUGCAAUCGGCUUCUGGGGAGAAAAGCGCCAGUGUGAGGUGCAGGCGCGGCGAUGCCGGGGAAGUAUGCAGCCAGAAGAGCGACCAUCUCAAUGGUAGUUCGAUGAUACAUGACAUUCGUGGGAUGAACGUGGCUACUUUUUUGCGCCGUUGCUGGCUUCGAUCUUCGCUGGAGCAGCGCACUGCAGUUCGUGGAUUGUCUUGGCGUCCUACUCGCCAUGACGUUUGCCCACGCUA